AAAAAAGUUUUGACCCAUUUUGACCCAAAAACAAAUUUUUAUGUUCGCGGACGUGUAGGACACUGUGGGAACAGGACAUUAACUUUUAAUAACAAUAACAAAUUAUUUUAUGUAAUUUUAAUAGUAUGGAAUCGAAGGGCAAAUUAAAGGUUCUUGUUAUUCAUGGAUACAGACAGUGCGCUAAAACUUCUAGAGAAAAAUCUGGAUCUUUGCGAAAAUUAUUAAAAAAGUAUAUUGACUUUGUUUAUAUUACAGCGCCGAAUAAGAUUCCCUCAAGUAUUGAUGAAGAAUAUGGCUGGUGGUUUUCAAAAGAAGACAUGUCGUUUAAUGCCUUAGAAAAUUCUCAUAUUGACAAUGGUCACCAAAUAUCUGUUGAUCAUAUUACAAAUGCAUUUAAGGAACAUGGUUCAUUUGAUGGAAUUUUGGGAUUUAGUCAGGGUGCAACUAUGGCAACACAUAUAUGUGCUUUAAGUGAAGAAGAUGGUUUUCCAUUCAAGAUCAAAUUUGCUAUUUUGUGUGCUGGUUUUAAAUCUCGCUCAUUACCUCACCAAUGUUAUUAUUCAAAAAAAAUAUCAUGCCCUUCCCUUCAUAUAUAUGGUGACUCAGAUAGAGUGAUUCCAAAAGAAAUGAGCAUAGAGCUUCAAAAUUGUUUUCAAACUUUCUCUGUUAUUAUACAUUCCGGAGGUCACUAUAUACCAGCAACAUCGAAAGAAAGAAAAGAUUACGAAAAUUUUCUCCUGCCAUUUAUGAAAGAACAAACAACAGAAAUGAUGUGAAGACUCAAGUGAUCAUCCGAGCCAAAAUUUGUAUUGACUGUACAAAGCAUUAUCUGUCUGGUUG